AUGUCCUUGGAGCCCAAGCCAGAAAAGUACUCGCUCAGAAAGAGUCGAGCUCCUGUUGGUGACUGGAAGCAAUUCGCCAGCUCCAACCUCGAAAACAUCAGCACCUCUAACAGAUUGCCCUCCAGCACCUCCAUCCAGCAGCAUCUUCACACCAAGUCCUCCAGUGUCAACCAUAACAGCAACAACUCUGCCAGCGACAACAACAGAGCACAGACAGCGGUUAAGGAUGAGAAGAUAACAAAGUUGGUCCAACGACGAUUGUCCAUGAAGUACCAAGUGAACGACUACAACUUCAACGACAUCGUCAAACAGCAAAACAACAUCAUCAAGAACAACAAUCUCAGCAAUGACCCCAACAUUCUCAUUGACAGUGGUAUCCCUGCUUUGCCCUCAAAUUCAAACCAAUUGAUCUCCAUCAACAAGACCCGCCAAAAUGCCCUGCAGUCAAACACAACCCACCACAAACAAUCGUCCUCUUUAACAAUUGACUACAACCCCUUUGGCUACAAUUCAACGUCAGUUUCCCAGCUUGCAAAUUCUGCCAACAAAACACCCUCUCAUUCAAGAAAAUCAUCCAGAGAAUUUGCUCAUCAAAGACAACUAUCUUCUCCCAGACUACAUAAAAAGGAUUCUCCCUCACAUAAUUUACUAGUAAAUCUCUCCUCAAAAAACUUUGAUCCAGAUUUAUUCAUAAUAAAAAACUUGAAAAACUCAAAUGCAGUUCAAAUUGAAAAUUUUAAUAAUAACCUAAUCAAUUUAAAUACAAAAUUAGAUAAUGACAUUAAAUCAAACCUUAUAAACUCUUUUGAAAAAAUACUAAUAGUUAAUAAAAAUUUCAAUACCAUUCAAUUCAAUUUAAAAUUCCUUAAAUCAAAUUUCAAUGCUCUCAAUGCAAUCUUAUCUCAAAUGAAUGAUUCUUCUUUAGCCAGAAUCCAAAUUGAAGAUGAAAUUAGUAAACAAAAUAAUCUCAACAACGCUAAUACAGAUAAUUUCCAUCCUAAUAAUUCUGUCAACUCAAACUUAUCCCUUCAAAAAAGUGCUUCCCUCUCAACUAGAAGAAAUAAAAGAGAUCGAUCAUCUGUUAUGUUUUUAGAGAAAAAAUGGUCAAAUGAAUUAACUUCGCUAUUUAAAAACGUAGAAGGCUCUCAAAGACUAAUAUUAAACUCAAUUAACAAUAACAAUAUACUAAACCCGUCAAACUAUAAUAACGUUAAUAAUAUUUAUAACAAUAAACAUUUACUAACCUUUUCCAAAAAUUGGCUAGAAUUAAACAACGCCACUUAUAAACCAGUUAAAUCUUCAUAUUUCUAUUUACUAAAUGACUCUUUACUAAUAGCUUCAAACAAGAAAAAACUAUCAAAUUUAUCCAUAAAUGAUAACACUGCGCAAAAUAAUACUGAUCAAAACAAUAAUAAAAAUAAUGAUAAUAAUAACAACAACAUUGGAAACACAAUUAAUGAAGACCAAUUCAACUCAGAUUUUGACAUGAAUAAUAACGGCAAAUUCAAUUUUUAUAAUUCUCAGUCAUUAAUCGCUGACCAGUGUUGGCCUUUGAGAGAAAUUCAAUUAAUCGAAUUAAAUCCAAAUGAUGAUAAUAUUAACUCUAAUAACAAAACCAAAACAAUAAAUUUCAAAUAUCGCUCUUUAAGUUAUAUAUAUCAAACUAAUGAUUUAAACCAGUAUUAUAGAUUUACUUCAUUAUUUAAAAAUGCCAAGAUUAAACUAAACAGUAUAACCGAACAGGAAUCGAUUAAACAAAAAAAAAUUAAUGAUUCAAUUGCAAUAUUAUCUUCAAGCUCAAAUCCAAUUUCAAGUUCAAGUUCAAGUUCAAGUACAAACCUAACUUUAAGCAAUAGCAAUAAUGGUAAUAUUAUUAAUAAUAAUAAUGGUAGUAGUACUUUUAAUACAAAAUUUAAUGGAUCCUCACUAAUUUUGAACCAAAAUAAUAAAAACUCUAGAAGAAAAUCGGCAUAUUUACAAGAUUUAUCGAUUAGAAUACACUCAAGAUCUUUUUCAAACUCAAAUGUCAAUUUUGAAAACAGUGAAGAAGACUUGUCUCAAGCAAACAACCCCACAAAGGCUAAUACUGCUAUGAGCAAUUAUGAAAUUAAUAAUGAAUUAGAAGGAAUAAUAAAUGAAAUAAAACGAAUUGAUAAUUUGAUUGAUGAGUUGGAUGUGAAUAUUGCUCAUCAUAAAUUUAAUGAUUCAGUCAAUUUAAUUAAUGAUUUGAAAAGCAGUUUGAAUAAUAAUUGUGAGAAAAAUUUGAACAAAUUGAUUAAUAAUAAUAUAAAAAAUGAAGCCAAUAACAACACUGGUAGUAAUGGUGGUACCACGAAUAACAAUAACAAUCUUAGUCAAUCUAAUAUUAAUUCUAUUGAGGAAUACUUGAUUUUGAUUCAAGUUUUGAAAUUAAAAAUUAAUGAAAGGUUGGAUCAAUUAAUUAACGAUAUCUUGUAUGAAAUCAACAAUCAAAUUAAUUUUUCAAAUUCAUUUUCGAGUAAUUUAAAUUCAAAUUCAAUUAAAAAUUUAAUCAUACAACUUAAAAAUUUAAAAUUGAUUAAUAAAGCACAAAUAUCAUUAUUAAAUGCGAAAUCUAGUUUAAUAGCAAAAUUGAUUAAGAAAAUUGAGAUCAAUGGAGAUCUAAUUGAUUAUAUCAAUCAAAUGACUAUCAUUCGAUUUCAAAAUAUUAAGCUAUCGAUUUUGUUGUUUAAGGAUUGUUUUCCGGAGUUGGAAUAUCAAAGUUUGAUUGUGAAUUGGUCAAUAAAGGAAAUCAAAUUGCAUUUUGAUCUAUUACAAAGACAGUUAUUUGAUAUUAAAAUUUUGAAUGAUAAAGAGAAUGAUAGGUUGUAUAUCUAUGAGACAAAGUUACAAAUAUCUGAAUUGAAGAAAGUUGGAUUGGAUGUUGAGUUUUUAAUGAAUGAUUUUUAUAUUUUAUUGAAGAAACAAAAUCAGUAG